UGUAGGAAAAACGAUGAUGGAGACACGACUGUUUCUGUCGAGAAGGAGCAUUUUAUGGACGAUUUCUUCCACCAGGUGGAGGAGAUCAGAAGCAGCACCACCAGGAUCGCGCAGUACGUGGAGGACGUGAAGAAGAACCACAGCGUCAUUCUGUCGGCACCAAACCCCGAAGGAAAAAUUAAAGAAGAACUUGAAGACCUGAACAAAGAAAUCAAGAAAACUGCUAACAAAAUUCGGGCCAAGCUAAAGUCCAUCGAGCAAAGCUUCGAUCAGGAUGAAAGCGGGAACCGGACCUCAGUGGACCUACGCAUCCGCAGAACCCAGCAUUCCGUGCUGUCUCGGAAAUUCGUGGAGGUCAUGACCGAGUACAACGAGGCCCAGACUCUGUUUCGGGAGCGGAGCAAAGGACGGAUACAGCGCCAGCUUGAGAUCACCGGCAGGACCACCACGGACGCGGAGCUGGAGGAGAUGCUGGAGAGCGGGAAGCCGUCCAUCUUCACCUCUGAUAUCAUCUCGGACUCGCACAUCACCAGACAGGCGCUCAGCGAGAUCGAGUCGCGCCACAAGGACAUCCUGAAGCUGGAGACCAGCAUCCGGGAGCUGCAUGAGAUGUUCAUGGACAUGGCCAUGUUCGUGGAGACACAGGGUGAAAUGAUCAACAACAUAGAGAGAAACGUCACGAACGCCACGGAGUACGUGGAGCACGCCAAGGAGGAGACCAAGAAGGCUAUCAGAUACCAGAGCAAGGCCCGCAGGAAAAAGUGGAUAAUUGUGGCCGUGUUGGCGGUGCUGGUGGCUGUGCUGGCUCUGAUCGUCGGCUUGUCGGUUGGCAAGUGAGGGUGUGAUGGCGCUGGACGCUUGCCUGUUUGCCAGGGUGGCAGUAAGUAACUAACCAACUAAUUUACUUACUAGCUUUCGCAACUGGCCAAUAAUCAUGUUUCCCGACUUUAAUGUUCUUAAAAAUCAUAAAAGCCUGUCUGCUGAGCCUGGUGUCCUGUCCUUGCCGCCGCGUCCGCUGCGAAGUGCGGCACACCUGCAGCCUCGGCUCUGGGUUCUCGGUGGCCGCGGCCGGGGGCACCCGCGGGAGGUCCGACGCCCUUGCCCUGCCCUCGCUGCCUGGCCUUGCGGUUUGUGCCUGAGGUUGUCGCUUCUAGAACUGCUGCAGCUGGGAUUUUGCAGAAUGCACCAACGCGUGGUUUUUACUGCGGGUGGAGGGAGGAAACCAGUGCCUGAAAGCGGAGCCUUCCCGGACUUCUAAAUCUGCUCGGUUUGGAGUUCAGCCCCUGCUAAACCUUGAGCUGCUGGGGCCAGGCCCGCCCCCAGCGCUCCCGGUGUGCGGGUGGGGCGCAGGCUCGGCUCCCGGGCGAACAAAUCACGUGCUGGACCGGCUCCCUGCGGCCACAGUGCCCACCGCUGUGUGGUCUGGUUUUUAGGGCUGCAGAUUGAACCCGGCCUUUGCACUGACCAGCUCACCGCCCCUUAGUUUUAUAUUUUGAGAUAGGACCUCCCUGAGUUGCUCAGUUGCCCAGGCUGGCUUGAAGUUGCCAUCCUCCUGCCUCAGCCUCCUCGGGUGCAGAGUAGAGGCGGGUUUCUUUCUUCACGUGAGCAGCGUGUGUCAUACUUAGUGGCAGUGGGCCAGCAAGGCUUCAUCGUUGGUGAUUUUUCACCACUAAAACAGCGGUCCUUUCAGGAUUUCCAUCCUUCCUCUAAGCACAUCCGCUUCAGCCCUGCAGUGCGGCUGCACGAGUGCUGGGCUUCCGGCCUCACCUGAGCGCCACGGGGCGCGCUGACCUGGGGGAAGGAGGCUCCUGGGGUUACUGUGGUGCGGUCAGCAAGGGGGGCGCAGUGUGGGCCCCAUGGACGCCGCACGACCGCCGGGUUGGGCUCCGCAGCCAGUGCGCCCGCGGCCCCGCCCUGCCCUGCCGGCCGGGACGCCGCGCCCUGACGCUGUGAGCUCGGUCAGGCUGAAGCUCCCCCAGCUGACACAUGCUGAUUAAGAGACGUUUGCAUUAUGUGUAUUCCGUGUCACUCGUGUUUAUGUCUUGCUUGCGGAAGUAAUUUUUAUUGCCACAGCUGUUUUGUACAAUAUCUAUAAUUUUAAUGUUUGUAAAUUAAUCGUUUAAUAUAUUAACAUACUUACUCCGUUCUGUAUGUUAAGUGCUGGCUUGGGAGGGGCCUGGGCAGCACCCCGAACGCCCACGCGCCCGGCUGGGCUUGGAGUUCACCGCCCCGGGAGAGGCUGGCUGUGGCCCGUGCCCCCUCCGGGCCUUCUGUUGACGCUGACCGAGGAAGGCCGGGCUCCUCCGAAGUUAGCCCAUCCCCACCUUUUCCCUUCUCCAAGAUAAUAAAUAAUCAGUUACCGACCGUAAA